AUGACGCCCUCCCAGCGAACAGGGAACCAAGAAACGGACUAUUUCUCGGCCAACAAUUCAAUUGAAAGAGGAUGGGUCAAGAGUGGACUUCUAGCUGCCAUGCGCACCGUUGCAGAACCGCAGCAUGGGAGCAACAUCGGGCUCACACGGGAGGAAAAGGAGACUCGUGCAAGACGAGAGUUUGAGAAGAUCUCCCUGGAUCAUAAAAGGGCUACAAUUGAAAAAGAUCAGAGCCGGACGGUCAAGUCAGCAGUGCCGGAUCCAGAGUCGGUGCCAGCUGUCCCAAGCACGAAACCAGAGGAGGUCCUGCCACACAGGAGGAGGAAGAGGCGGAAUGGUGGCGAGAGCCCUUCAGCGACCACUGGAGAGUCGUUGCCGUUGGAUGCUUCAUCGCAGUUAACGACCGCUGCAACAAGCAUGCCGAAAUCAGCCGUCUUUCGCCGCCAACUUGCAACCUAUCUAUCCCUAACGAAACCUCGACUAUCGUUCCUAAUUUUGCUGACAACGACCUCGGCUUACUCUCUAUAUCCUAUCCCCGAGUUACUGUCUUCCACGGCUUCGUCUGUGGGCUCAUCCUUCUCGACAUCAACUCUAACGCUUCUUUUCCUCACUUCAGGCACGUUCUUAUCGUGUGCCUGUGCCAACACGCUCAACAUGCUUUUCGAGCCCAAAUAUGAUGCCCUCAUGACGCGGACGCGCAAUAGACCUCUGGUACGAGGCCUCAUCUCGCCGCGGGCAGCAACAGUCUUCGCAUUUUUCUGCGGAGCGUCGGGGCUGCUUCUUCUCGGAUAUGGAACCAACCCUACCGUGGCUGGGCUUUCGGCCCUCAAUAUCUUCCUGUAUGCUGGAGUAUAUACCCCUAUGAAGCGAUUAUCCGCUGCCAACACAUGGGCUGGUGCGAUAGUUGGUGGCAUCCCCCCUUUGAUGGGUUGGUGUGCUGCCGCUGGCGAGGCUGCUACGUCUGAACAUCACUCGUGGCAAGAUCUACUCUUUUCGGAAAACGCCAUCGGUGGUUGGGCCCUCGCUGCGUUGUUGUUUGCUUGGCAAUUCCCGCAUUUUAUGUCUUUGUCUCACACCAUACGCGAAGACUACCGUAGUGCGGGGCACCAGAUGUUGGCCUGGACGAACCCUGCUCGGAAUGCUCGCGUCGCUCUUCGGUACUCUCUGGCAAUGUUUCCAAUAUGCGGAGUCUUAUAUUGGGCAGGAUAUGUUGAUUCCGGCUUUCUUGUCAUCAGCACAGCAUGUAAUGUUUGGAUGACCCGAGAAGCGAUUCGUUUCUGGAGAAAGCAGGGAGCUGGGGGCAGUGCUCGAGGCCUGUUCUGGGCAAGCGUGUGGCAGCUCCCACUUGUACUUGUUGCAGCUUUGGUAUGCAAACGAGGAUUGUGGGAUGGGUUUUUUGGCGAGAACGAACCAGCGAGCAUCUACGACGAGGAUCAACUGGAUGAUGAUGGGGAUGCGUUAGGCAUGGAGCCUGCGAACUCCUCAAAACAGGCAAAAGCUCCCCCAGACAUCAAUCUGGCGAUGAUGGGCUUCAAGAGGCCAACGUGA